UUCUCGUUCGACAGGGUGUUCGGCCCGGACUCCACUCAGUCCGACGUGUACGAGGAGGUGUCGCCGGUGGUCAUGGGGGUCCUGGACGGGUACAACGCGUGCGUUUUCGCGUAUGGGCAAACCGGGUCUGGCAAGACGCACACCAUGGGAGGCCCCGACGGCGCGUCGCAGCACGAGGAGCUCGUGGGCAUCAACGACAGGGCACUGACUGAGCUGUUCGAGACUGCCAGAGCGAGGGGUGAGACGGACGGGGUGGCGUACACGAUCGCGGUGGAGAUGAGGGAGAUUUACAACGAGCAGGUGAGGGACCUGCUGAGGCGGACCGAUAAGGACGCCACCUGGAACGGGGUCACGGAGCAGCCCAGGUUCCACGAGAGAAGACCGACGACGUCUUCGGAGGGCACGGACGACUCGGACGUCGAGGUGACGAGGGUGACGGCGAGGGACGCCGCGCACGUGCUCGAGAUUAUGGCGGAGGGAACCGCGAGGAGGGCCAGCGGCGAGACAAAGAUGAACGAGAGGUCGAGCAGGAGUCACUCGGUGGUUACCGUGUACGUGGAGGGUUCAGACGCCGCGAUGGGCGCGGUCAAGACGGGCAGGCUACACCUGAUCGACCUCGCGGGGUCCGAGCGCGUCGCCAGGUCGGAGGCUACCGGCGACAGGCUCAAGGAGGCGCAACACAUCAACAAGAGCCUCAGCGCCCUGGGUGACGUCAUCGCCGCGCUGCUCGAAAAGCGCACGCACGUCCCGUUUCGCAACUCGCAGCUCACCAGGCUUUUGUCGGACUCGUUGGGGGGUAACUCCAAGGUUGUGCUCCUCGCGCACGUCUCCCCGGAGGCUGCGUCGCUCCCCGAGACGCAGUCGACUCUGCUGUUUGCGCAGCGGUGCUCCCAGGUUGAGCUCGGCAAGGCGAAGGUGAACGCGACUGGCGGCGGUGGAUCGAGCGAG